CACUGGGUCUCCAUUGCUAAAUUUUGGUGACUUGCAACAUUGUCUGUGACUGAUACUAUGUCUGUUUGGCUUUCUAGUGGAUCCAGGUGGAUUUCCUCUCCUGCUGGUGGUGGAGGAUCAGUUAAAAUGACUGGCAUAGGAGGAAGUUUUGAUACUGGUAGUGUAUGUGGUCUUGGUGGGGGCUCUCAUCCAGGAUUCAGCACUGGCUUAACCAGGGGAGCAGGUGGUGGCUUCAGUGGUGGCUAUGGUGGUGGCUUCGGUAGCAUCUCAGCUGGAGGAAGCUAUGGAGGUACAUUUCAUAGUAGUUCAUUUGGGGGCUUGAGUACUGGCUUCGGUGGGGGCUUUGGUGGACCUGAUAGCAACCUUCUUUCUGGUGGUGAAAAAGAAACCAUGCAGAAUCUUAAUGAUCGCUUAGCUAACUACCUUGACAAGGUGCAUGCUCUGGAAGAGGCAAAUGCUGAUCUUGAAUACAAAAUCCAUCAGUGGUAUGAGAGACAUGGUUCUGUUGCUGCUGAAUUAACCCGUGAUUACAGCAAAUAUUACCAAACAAUUGAAGAUCUUAGGAACCAGAUCAUAUCUGCAACUAUUGGCAAUGCCAGCAUAGUCUUACAGACUGAUAAUGCCCAGCUUGCUGCUGAAGACUUCAGACUGAAGUAUGAAAAUGAGCUGUUCCUGCAUCAGAAUGUUAAAGCUGAUAUCAAUGGUUUGCGGAAAGUCCUAGAUGACCUGACUAUUGCUAGAUCCAGCCUGGAAGCACAGCUCAAAAGCCUGACUGAGGAGCUGGUGUAUCUUAAGAAGAGCCAUGAGGAGGAAAUAAAAUCCCUGAAAAGUACUUCCACAGGUGAUGUGAAUGUAGAAAUUAAUGCUGCUCCAGGAAUUGAUCUGACGAAACUUCUGAAUGACAUGAGAGCACAGUACGAAUCCCUGGCUGAACAGAAUCGUAGAGAGGCUGAAGAACAGUUUAAUAAAAUGAGUCAACCACUGCAGCAACAGAUCUAUGAUGAUGCUGGGGCAGUAAGCUCAGCCAUGAAUGAGUUAACUGAAAUGAAACGUACUUUCCAAGGACUGGAGAUUGAGCUACAAACAGUUAUGGCCCAGAAAUGCUCCCUUGAAGGCACCUUGGCAGGAACUGAAGGAAAUUACAGUGCUCAGCUUUCACAAAUACAGCUGCAUAUUAGCAAUCUGGAGGAACAAUUACAGCAGAUCAGGUCUGAAAUGGAGUGUCAGAAUGCUGAAUAUGAACAGCUCCUGGGCAUCAAAACACGUUUAGAGAUGGAGAUUGAAACCUACAGACGCCUGCUAGAUGGGGAAGGAGGUGGUUUUGGAUCUGGAGGUUAUGGAUACCAAGAAUCAAGAGUUCAAAUCAAAGAACCAUCUAAAACUCAAGUGAUUAAGACAAUUGUUGAAGAGUUGGUAGAUGGCAAAAUAGUCUCAUCUGAAGUCAAAUCAGUUGAAGAAAAGCCAGUUAAAUAAACAACAAACUGAAACAGAGGACCUUUUAUAGAUGCCAAAAGACAGAGCCAAGAACAAGGAAGACUUCUGGACAAAUGCAGAAUUUUAAGUGGUUUAAUAGUUUCAUGCCUUAAAACUGAGAGGUGUAGUUAAAGUUUAUCUGCUUUUUGUUCUUGCUUUGCUGAGGUCUACACUUUAUAAAUACUAAAAGUACAUUCUAUUUGAUGUUCAUUUUUCAAUAGAUUUGUUAAAAACAGUUAUUUGAUUUUCAAAAUGUAAAGAUAAUCAGGACUAAUGCAAAUAAUUAUCUUUAAAUUUUCUGAUUAUCUUUAAUUUUUUUAAAUCUUUUCCUGAUUGUCAAACAUUUGUGAAAUCUAAGCAAAUUUUGAUUUUUUUUAACUCUGAAACUUAUACUAAUGAUAUUCAAAAGCUCUAAGCAACUGAUUGAUGAUUGAGCAGAAAGCAAGGUAGAAAUGCACCUUAUAGACUAAUUCAAGUGUGUCAAACAUAUAGCCUAUGUGUUGGGUCUAGCAUGCAGAACCAUUUCAUCUGGCUUGCCAGUAGUCCUGUUAACUACUAGAAGUUGCGGGGCAUUGCUUGCUGCAGAAAGGGAUCUCAGGACCCCAAUGGACAUGGCCAUCAGUGGCAGCUCCCAAGCUCUGGGCUAUCACCCAAAUGCAGGCUGCCACUGCCAUAAGCCUCUGGGUCUCCGCACCCAUGCUGC